GUACUUUUCCUUUCCUUGCAGGAAGCAGAGAAUGUCUGGUUCAUAAAUUAACAACAGCUUGCAGCAUCUGAUUGUGAUACUUACGCAAGACUGCAAUGACAAGUCAGAGCAGUAGCCAUGCAGAAAGAGCAAGUUCAGUAUCGUCAUCACCAAAAGUGCAGGUUCAACGAUCCAUUUCUCGAGAGACCAUCACUAUACACUUUUCUGCCUUUGGUAAAGAGGAGGAAGAGGAAGAAGAAGAAUUUAAAGACUCCUCUAUGAUUCUUCAUGAAGACCGAAGUUUUGUACCAGGACUUGAAGAAAAAGAAAGUACUUGUGAACAUGGUGGCCAACUUUUAUUGGAGCCUGCUACCUCAUCAAAUAUGUCACCGGCAUCGACUUCAGUUACUGUUUCCAUGUCAUCUUCAGCAUUAACAAUCACCUCUUCGGAACCAUUGGAAACAUCAGCAAUGGUGCCUUCUGCGUCACUUACAACUAGUGCUACUGCACUGCCAUUAUUCUCAAUGCCAGCUCAACUGUUGGUUUCUACCACUUUGCCUUCAGAUGUGAGAACUACAAUUUCUGCUUCUACAUUUGAUUCUGCGCCAAAAUUUGUUGUGCAGUCUGUUGUCCCCUCACCUUCAUUGACGAGCGCAAAGCCAUUCACGAGUUUAGUUAAAUCUCUUUCAACAGAAGUAGAACCAAAAGAGCCCACUACCCCUCUAAGGACAAGGCAGUUAAUGAAAACACUAGUUAAAUCUCUGUCAACAGACACAUCAAAACAAGAAUCUGAAUCUGUCCCAUUUAGGACCUCUGAUUCUCGAAUAAACUUACAUCUGUUCAAACAGUUUACUCAACCUCGUGUCACCAGUGGAGAUUCUAAGACUGCACCUUCUUCCCCAGUCACCUCACCAUCAGAAGGUAGGUCGUUUUUUAAAGUAACAGAAGUGGAGGCAAGAAUUGAAGACACUAAAAGACGACUUUCAGAGGUUAUUUAUGAGCCUUUUCAACUUCUAAACAAGAUCAUUGGUGAUGAGACCAGUAGUCUUCGACAUAAGGCUUUAUCAUCCAGUGCAACAGAACUUACCACUCUUGCUAGUUUAAAUGGACAUUUGGAAAGCAACAACAACUAUAGCAUUAAAGAAGAAGAGUAUGAUUCUGAUGGGGACUAUUCAACAAAAGAUUCAAUUCCAAACACAAAUAGUUCCAAACCAAUGAAUGAGUCAUCAAAAGAUGGGGACACUAAGAACUCUCAAGGGACCACAAGGGAGAUUUCGUUGAAGACAUCAUCUCUAGGUCUAGAAAAAUGCUCACUUUCUGUACUUGCUAGCAAAGAAGAUGAUGAAUACUGUGAUUUAUACCUUGAAGAAUUUGAGUUAGAAACUGAUGAAGAGAUUGUUGUGGAUAAAGCUUUAGAACCUCUAACUGGAGAAGAAGCAGUUGAAAAUGAAAGUAAACUAUUGAGGCAACAUGAAACAGAGUCUGAAGCACAGCAACUUGAAGUUCCAUUUAAGACUUUAUUACUCUGUGCCAUUCUUGUAUAUUCCUAUUUAGUACUCCCUCUGCCAAGCUAUUUAAGUGGUUUAUUGCUAGGCAUUGGCUGUGGAUUUAUGAUAGCAAUUGGUGUCAUUUGGCUGGUGGUACCAAGAAAGUCGAGGGGCUACGAACAGUCACAGAGAAGGCUUCAUUUGGAACAUCUAACUACAGAACCUCUGGAUAUAAAGGAACCAGAAAUCUACAAGGUUGGAAAAUAUUUAUCUUUGGAAUUUGGUUUACAUUUAAACAUUGUACCGUUGGGUUAUACGACUCUAGCAGGACUAGCGAUCUGA